AAAUAUGGAACAAUGCUGGAGAUGAUGAUGUGAGUGUUGAGAAAAAUGUGAUGCAAAGAAAAAAUAAAAUAACGGAAAAAAGUUAAAUGUUGCAAAAAUACACAAAACAGCUGCAUAUAUACUAUAUAUAUGUCCGUAUGUGUUGAGUAGAUGCAGGAAUCAAAGAACAAAUACAUCUGAGUGGACGCAAACAAGGGGACACAAAUAAAAAAUCGCGUACUUUUUCGCAAAAUGGCAAGUAAACAAAUUCAUAAAGCAGCCAAUGACACAUAGAGCCAACGCGAAAUCGUCAUCAUCACUACGAAGGAUAUGGGGGUGCCCCAGCGGGUAUGAAAGAGUAAAGUGUAAACAACCUGUAGCCAUUGAAGGAAUUAGUGUAUGCUCGAUGCCACUAAAGCGGUUAUUCGCCAGUGUGACAAUUGAAAUUGUGGGAGCAGAGCAUAGCAGCAUAGGAACCGUUGGCGCACGCGGCGUGCUGCGCAGAAAUUACACAGGCAAAAAACCGGUUGUGAUACAACAUCGCUCACAGGAUGCCGUCAAUUAUUACGAUCAUGAAAAUGGCGCUAAAAUUAUAAAAUCAUCCCACUUUGAAUUGGACUAUACGCUGGGACGGAAAAUCACAUUCUUUUGCAUGGCGCAGGGCAAUCCACGUCCCACAAUCACUUGGUUCAAAGAUGGCGCUGAAUUGUAUCAGCAUCGAUUUUUCCAGGUGCACGAGUCCCACAUUGAUGCCGAUAUUAUAAAAUCUAAAAUGGAAAUCGAUCCGACCACACAAAUGGAUGCAGGCUACUACGAAUGCCAGGCGGAUAAUAUUUACGCCAUCGAUAGACGCGGUUUUCGCACGGAUUAUGUUAUGAUAAAUUUUUAGUAUAGCAGUAAUUUACUUAUUGUAUAAAUUGAAAAUUUUCUAGAAAACUAAAAUCUUCCGCGCAUACGAAUAAAAAUGCAUACAAUUCUAAACAAUUUUC